GAUUAUUGACUCAGGGGCUACUGAUCACAUGACUUCUAUUUCAAACCUUUUUUCUUCAUAUAAACCUAGUGCAGGAGAUAAAAAGGUUAAGGUUGCAGAUGGUUCUCUAUCAACCAUUGCAGGGAUGGGAAAUAUUAGUAUUUCUUCAUCACUGAAUCUAUCCAAAGUCCUUCAUGUCCCUAAUCUAUCCUGCAAUCUUACUUCAGUUAGUAAAAUAACUAAAGAUCUACAAUGUUGUGUCAUUUUUUAUCCCUCUCAUUGCAUUUUUCAGGACCUAGCAUCGGGGAAGAUGAUUGGCAGUGCUAAGGAGGAGGAUGGACUCUAUAUCUUUGAUGGAGAAACUCAAUCUAAUAAAAAAGGAUGCCCUAUCUAAACCUGAGUGGAAGAGAGCUGUUUUGGAGGAGAUGGAGGCUCUUGAAAAGAAUCAGACAUGGAAGCUUGUAGAGUUACCUAAAAAUAAACCUACAGUUGGUUGCAGGUGGAUUUUCAACCCCAAGUUUAAGGCAGAUGGAAGUUUGGAGAGAUAUAAGGCAAGACUAGUUGCCAAGGGGUACACAAAGACCUAUGGAAUUGAUUACAAAGAAACCUUUGCACCAGUUGCAAAGUUGAACACUGUAAGAAUUCUUUUAUCUCUUGCUGCCAAUUUAGACUGGCCAUUACAACAACUGGAUGUAAAGAAUGCUUUUUUAAAUGGGAAACUUGAAGAAGAAGUGUACAUGGAACCUCCACCUGGGUUUGAAAAUAAGUUUGGGUUAAAGGUUUGCAGAUUAGAGAAGGCUUUAUAUGGACUUAAACAGUCUCCAAGAGCCUGGUUUGACAGAUUCACAAAGUUCAUAAAAAAGCAAGGAUUUAAUCAAGCUCAAGCUGACCAUACUUUAUUCAUGAAGUUUUCAGGUAAGGGGGAGAUUGCAAUCUUAAUUGUCUAUGUAGAUGAUAUUAUCCUCACAGGAAAUUAUCACACAGAGACUAAAAGAUUGAAAGACAAACUUGCUCAUGAAUUUGAGAUUAAAGACCUAGGAAAUUUAAAAUUUUUCCUAGGAAUGGAGAUAGCUAGAUCAAAGAAGGGUAUUGUUGUCUCACAAAGGAAAUAUGUUUUAGAUCUUCUACAGGAAACUGGAAUGAGUGCCUGCAAACCAGCAGACACUCCAAUUGACCCAAGUCAGAAAUUGGGAGAUAUCAAGGAGGGAAAUCCAGUUGAUAUUCACCAAUAUCAAAGAUUGGUAGGAAAAUUAAUAUAUCUGGCACACACUAGACCAGAUAUUGCAUUUGCAGUAAGCAUGGUAAGUCAGUUUAUGCAUCAUCCUUUCCAAGAACAUCUUGAUGCUACUUACAGGAUUCUAAGAUACCUGAAGAGCUGUCCAGGGAAAGGAUUGUUUUUCAAAAAGGGAAACAAUAGGAAAAUUGAAGCUUUUACUGAUGCGGAUUAUGCUGGCUCAAUUUCUGAUAGGAGAUCUACCUCUGGAUACUGCACCUAUGUAUGGGGAAAUCUAGUAACCUGGAGAAGUAAGAAACAAAAUGUGGUUGCUAGGAGUAGUGCAGAAUCAGAAUUCAGAGCAAUGGCUAAUGGAAUAUGUGAGUUACUCUGGAUCAAACGAGUAAUCACAGAACUAAAGAUGGAGAUUGAGCUGCCUAUGAAGUUAUAUUGUGAUAAUAAAGCUGCUAUAAGCAUUGCUCAUAACCCUGUGCUACAUGAUAGAACUAAGCACAUUGAAGUGGACAACAUUUCAUUAAAGAGAAGAUUGAAGCUGGAAUCAUUUGUACACCAUUUGUAUCCACUAAAGAUCAAACAGCUGAUAUCUUCACCAAAGGGUUAUUUAGACCUAUAUUUGAGCUACUUAUAAGCAAGUUGGGAAUGUAUGAUAUAUACUUACCAACUUGAGGGGGAGUGUAGAAAAAUGUAACAUAUUCUUGUUAUUUUAAUUACUUGUACAUCCGGAACUGUGUAGAUAAGAAUUAGAGUAGAUAGGACUCUCUAAUUAGUAGAUAAGCUCACAGAAUAGAUAGAAUAGAUAGAUCCUAUUUUUU